CACGACAACGCGCGACAACGGCACUUUUGCCCACCAUCUAGCCAUAUUCAGUCGCAAACGAAACUGACAAGAUCCUUUCUCUUGUGCUACCGAGGCAAUGCUUUUGAUCGAAGACCGCGAAUAGCUCAUCCGCCCCCCAUCAUCAUGAACCGUUUCACCGCGGACUAUUCGUCCAGCAUCAAUUCCACUCCUGGCAAAGAGCCCGAACGACCACGCGCAAAUCUCUUCGCUUCCAAUACUCCGCAGCUAGCCAGCACGACCCCUAUCGCGCCUCCUCCCUCCCAGAUCUUCGGAAGCUCCUCUUUCGGCAACACUGGCGUCAGCAAACUACAAUUGCCCUCCAAGCCUUCGAAAUCGUCUCCUCCCUUACGCUCUCCACAAUCCCGAUCAUACGAAGAGCCGCGCACGAAGAAUGGGACGCCAGCCAGCAAAAUGGCAAGACCAUAUCACACUUCGUUUGGGCUGUCGCAAAACUCAGAAUACACCGACCUAGAUGAUGCAGAUGCGGACUUUUCAGAUGAAGAAGCCAUGGAAGAAGAAGAGCCAGGGGUGGCGGAGGAGUACGGGACAAGCCAGUUUGGAUUCUCACGGGGCUUUGAAACUAUGAAUGAGCAAUCGGCAGCAUCGCUCAUGAAGUUCAGCACCAUGAGCGGGAACAAUCGAGAUUCCAGGAUGUUGUCCCAUCAGCAUCGUAGUAGACCUUUACGGGCCUCGAGAAUUUCUGCCUUGCCCAACAAAGGCAAUGAAAACAUCGUCGUCAGUCUGGCGCAGAACAUGGCCACGAGGGCACAACCAGCCACUCUAGCCGAACCGGACGAGGUGAUCUUGCAAACCGAACAGCUCCUCCGACAACUCGACGAGCAGACGCAGUACUUGAUGGACAGCAACAGGGCCCUCGAAGCCGUUUCUGAGCGAGUCGUCGAGUUGAUCUCCGUCUGGCAUCGCUUCGUGGAGAUAGACCGUCCUGCCCUCGAUAGCAGCGAGAUCGGGCCACAGCCUUCGGCGCCUGCGUUCACGAAAGCCAACUAUCUAGCAUCUCUCUUACUCGCCCUGCGGCAUCCUCCUCCUUCUCCAAACGGCCCUUCGACUCCAAUGCCACAGCUUCUCCUAGAAUGGCUCGAUGAGUAUCACGUUUCGUAUGAGUCGCUCUACAACUCCGUAGCUUCAGCUCAACCCAGUUGCGUAUCUCACGACUUGUUUUGGGAUGCCGUUCAAAGCUUGGUGCUGAGGGGCAGAUUGGGCAUGGUCAUGCAGUUGUUUGCUGAUGCCGAUUUUCGAUACGCCGCAUCUGCUACAGAUGAGGGCACGGAUGAGAUCGGCUACAAAGGCGCACAGCUCCAAGCAGUCCAGAGUGCCAUAUACCGCGCAAGAGUCCUACUCAACUCUUGUCCUGUAAUUCAACUCGAAGAUUGGAAUGUGGCAGGCCCGGAGUGGGACUUGUUUCGGAGCCAAGUCGAGGCAGAACUGGAAAAUUUGACAGAUCAGGCUUCAGCUCACGAAGAACUUGACGAUGAUGAAUCUUUUGAGGCGGAGAAUUUUGGAUUGCGCAAACCUGGCAAAACCCUCCUCGCCAAGCUUGGGCAGAAGUCCAAAUCGACCUUGCCUUGGACGAUCUACCAGAACUUGAAAAUAAUCUACAACAUCAUGCUCGGUAGUGCCGAAGAGAUUGUUGCUCAGUCUCAGGAUUGGCUCGAGGCUGCGACCUCUUUGACGGUAUGGUGGGAUGGCACCGCAAAUGCAUCAGUCGCCCAAUGGAGUUUCGACGUCAGCCGAGCUAAUAACUUGGAAGCGGCAAACCUCACCGAGACAGACCUCUAUCUCGCACGGUUGCGAGACUCGUUUCUCAGCGUGACCGAUCCCAAAGAUAAGAAUGCAUUCCAAAUCAAUGCCAUGUCGCCUGUUGAGGUUGGCUUAGCCGCGGUGCUCCAGGGUAACACUCAAGGAGCUCUUCUAGUGCUCCGUGUCUUGUCCCAAUGUAUUGCUGCUUCUGUGGCCGAGAUUGGGUCCAAGGCGGGAUGGCUAGAAACUGAAGGCUCCGCUUCUCGACCAAGUGGGUUGAAUGAUGAGGAUCUCAUGGUGCUCAGCUACGGCGUAGAGAAGCCAGCUGUGUCCAAGGAUGAUAUUCUGCGGGGUUACGCCGAUCAGCUCUUUGAUAAGGACAUAUUACGGCUCCCUGACGGCACUGCGGUUGAGGGCUGGGAAGUGGCAAUCUCGGUCGUGAACAGACUGGAUGACCGUGAGGCCAUGCGAGUUGCUGUUGGCGGUUAUCUUGACCAGCUCCAGGUUGUCUCCCAGGAUCGAGCUGAGAAGCUUACCAAUCUUUGCUCGGAUCUCGGCCUGCAGGAAGAAGCGCGCAAGGUCUCGGAUCGUUUUGGAGAUCAUCUCGUCAACAACACGACAGACUAUGGCACAGCUCUCCUGUGCUACUCACGGAGUCAUGCGUCACACAAGAUUCGACAAUUGAUCGAUCUGCUGAUCAGCUACUCCUUGGUCCAGUCUCGAGCAUAUCCACCGGAAAAUGAGAUGGACGAUGGACUACAAAGCCUGGUCGGAAACCCCAAGUCUGCCCUGUCAGAUAUCGCCGAAGCCGAUCCCGAAGCCGCGGAAAUUCUGCAAUUCUACCUUGUCGGCUAUGCUUGUCUCAGACGCUUCUACACUCUACGCGACCAAGAUGCUUUACAAAUGAAGCCCUCGACUCUCAAACCUCUCGCCCGUCGUAGAGCUGCCGCCAAGACCCUCGUCGCUGCAAUCGACAGUGCAGCAGACAGCAUCUAUGGCGGUCUUUACGACCCUGAACGCCAAUCUGCCAUCCAAGUCGACGGGUUGUUAACACUGCUUGGUGAAGCCACUGCGCUGCUCGCCGACAGCCACCCCUCGGGCAAGUCGGUCUUGACCCCGACGCAGAUCUACUCCAUCCUGGCCGCGAUCGAAGACCUCUCGACGGUGUCGGCGCGGGUGUACGACGCCACGGAAGAAUGUUUGCAGGCCGCUCUGCGGAACUUCCACGGCUCCCAGCCGCCGAGUCCACACGCCAUGCUCAAGAAAAGCAUGUCGUCCGGCACGAACUCGGCUUUUAGUUUUAGCAUGAUGGGUUCGGAGAUGCUGGGCAAGAGCGAUCUGACCAGCACGGGCACGGGUGGCGGCAAGAGUGCAGGCAGUAGCGGCGUGCUUGUCCCCGGCCCCGGCCAGAACCACGAUACUGCACCGAAAGGAUGGGACUGGCGGGAGAGGUUCAAGGACAACAAGCAGGUGACGGGCGACGAGGUGGUGAGGACAUUGAGAAUAGGAUUGGCCGAGGAGUUGAGUCUCGCCGAGCUCUAGUUAGACAAUCGCGGGGGAAAAUCGUCAUGAACGCGCAUUAAACGAACCAGCACAGGCAAUGU